AUGUUGAAAAUACUGAUUUUCUUUGUUUCCGCUUUUGCAGCUUUUCGCCCUGUUCUUCGGGAAGGAGAGUGCCCCGAUGAAGAUCUCGCAAUUCUGUGCGACAGCCAUUGUUACAUCGAUUAUGCCGCGUGCAAAGACGCUUGUGAGGAAUCCGGCUGUGAGAGAAUUUGCCUGAACGCAUAUGCUGGCUGUUAUUCGCGAUGCCCUUGUUUCGAGCUUUGUCCAAAUGGUUGUUCUGAUUGUGACAACAGUGUUUGUACUUGCCGUUCCCCAGAAAUUGACAACAUUGAUCAUCGACAAUGUAUUAAAGAAGCAAACGACCACUUUACUUCCUGCGUUGGAAAUUGCCAGUACACUGAGCGAGCUUGUUACGAUCAAUGCUAUUCACUGCUCGUUGAGGAGUCGGAUAAAUGUCCAUGCAACAGCGGCUGCCCCCUUGGUUGCCCGUGCGAAAGUGGAUACUCUUGUCAAAAAUAUAUCACUGCAAUUUGUCAGCGGCAAAGUGCAAGUUCAUACGUUGAUUUUAGUUACAUGAUCUCGGCUAAUGGACAUAUUCAGGAAAAUCGCUAUUACUCGUCUCCGUUGUCCACUGGCUCAUACCAAUUCCUUUACAAUUCUGGAUUUGCGAUUCUCAAUGGGCAGAUGUUUCUUUACGGAGGCAACCAAGAUCCAAAAAAAGUUGCGAGAAUCGAGGAAUGCGCGAUUGAAGACACUGGAAAACGACUGAUCAAUAAUUUUUAUGGGAUUGAAGGCUCGCUGGUCACUCUUCCAGAAAUAGUUGAAGAAACUAUUCUCUGCAAUUCGUAUUCAACUACGGCUCUCAAAUGCGAGAGCUUCAACGGGGAGGCGACCAAGGCUAUGAGCGAUGUUCAAGUCCAGCACCAGCAGGGUUGUAUGAGUCUCUAUCUUGGACAAGCGGUUAUAAUCGCUGGUUAUCAUUCAGAUUCCGUCGAAUUUUUGGAGUUCAGCGGCUGGCAAAAUUUGACAGAACAUCCUGGCGGGUCAACAUUUUACCGUCACACUUGCGCUUCUACUGAUGAUGGGAUUCUUACAGUUGGAGGAUAUAGUGGAAGUUCUUUUUCCAAAGAAGUUUUUUACUUUAAAAAUGACCAGUGGACUGUUGCGGGUAAAAUGCAAAACAAUUACCAAUUUGGUUCGAUGAUUUUUCUGGACUCAUUCUUUAUUGUUUUUGGCGGAAACAACAAUUACAAUACAGUGGAACGCGCGGAAUGGCAGAACGAGACAGUAACCUCCACAAGCGUCAUUCACGAUCAUGGCGGAGAUUGCUUGCAUCCAAUAGUCUUCGAAACAAGGCCCGAUCAAUGCAGCGAAUUCUGUUCUCAAGACUUUUGUUACUUUUUGCCUUGA